UACGGUUGCAGAGCCUCAGUGCGCUUCCACAAAAACACUCGUCGACAUCCGCCGAGAGAGGCGCUACUUGGCUCUUCACUUUUUCUGGCUUUCUUUCCCCUUUUAUCCACAAUGAGCACCGCGGCUUCAGAGACCGUGUUUCUCUCUGCUCUACAGCCCAAUAACUCGGUCACCACCUAUGGCCUCCCAUCCGACAACCAGCUCGGGAGCGGCGCCUCGGUCUCGGACGAGGUGUCCAGGGUCCGGCGAGUCCAGCAGCAGGUUCAAAUGCGGCUAGCUGAGAAGUCCACACUUCCGCGUCAGAAUGGCUCCACUUCUGCCUACGCCAUGUCAGACUACGGUGGAUCUUCCACUUUGAAGUAUCAGACCUACAACCCAGGUUACAGCUCCAGGUCAUCCUACAUGUAUACAGGCUCCAGAACCAUGACUCCACAGAUAUCUCAAAGGUCCUCCGGCUUUAGCUCUCUCUCAGCUGGCCCAGACAUGGCCCAGCUCCAUAGGAUCAGUGUCGGUGGCGGAGGAGUUGGAGGUGGCGGCGGUUAUUACAGAGAAGACGUCCACAUGGGCACCUACCAAGGGAACCGCAACCAAAUCCGCAUGGAGCCGGACCUCGUCUCCAUGCAUGCAAUGAGACAGCAGACACUGCCGACAAAUUCCUGGAUGGCGGACAGCAGCGAUGCCGCCAGCUUGAUGUCCGACCGCGAUGCCACCUUUAACCGCCAAUAUGUCCAGAGCAAUGGCUACACCAGCCAGGUGAGGCAAGGGGGAAGCUCCAUGACCUAUCAGGCCCCCAUGCGCCGAUCGCACAGCGGCACUAUCUCACGUGGCACAGGAAUGGCAGGAGGACAGAUGGAGAUGGUCCAGCAAUCCUUCAAAGGCCCAGCGUAUCGCACCCUCAACAGGAUUAACAACCGAAACCGGAUGAGCAUGGGCUCCAUGUCGGGGACCCUGCAGCGUCAGAUGUCUAGCGGGUCCGCCAUGUAUGGAGGUGGAAUGGACAAAGUGGACAUGGGCUUCAUAGGGCCAGGAGUGUCCUCCAUUUCUCAGGGGAACUUGCAUGCCAUGCAGCAGCGUCAAAGUACCAUUUCCCGGGCCGCGUCAAUCAAAAGUAUGCAGAGUGUGGGACGGGGGGCUGACAUAUUCAACGGGCAGAUGGGGGUUGGAAGCAUGGGAAACCUCAGUGGGAUCACCUCCUUGGACAUGGCCACAGCUGUACAGUACCUGAGAGAACCAGACCCCGAUUUGCAAGUCCUGGGUGCAGCUUACAUUCAGCAUGAGUGUUACAACGACAGCGAUGCCAAACAUGAGGUGCGUCAGUGCAAGGGCAUCAGUGAGCUGGUGAAGCUGUUCAAUGCCGAAAACCAGGAAGUGCAGCGCUAUGCCACCGGUGCCACUCGCAACCUCAUCUAUGAGAACAUGGAGAACAAGGUGGCCCUGAUUGAGGAGGGGGGCAUCCCCCAGCUGGUGGAGGCGCUUAAGGAGCCAGACGACGAGCUCCAAAAGAACAUCACCGGCAUCUUGUGGAACCUUUCAUCCAAAGACACCUUGAAGGAGAAGCUGGCCCGGGAGGUUCUUCCGGAACUGACAGACAGGAUCCUCAUCCCUCUGUCAACCAGCAACGAAUCAGAAGGCAUCAGGCAGUCGCCUUCCGAGGCCGAAAUCUUCUACAACACCACCGGCUGUCUCAGGAAUCUGAGCUCAGUGAAUGAGAAGACUCGUCAGCAGAUGAGACAAACCCCCGGCCUGGUGGACUCCUUGGUGACCUACAUCAGAGCCUCAUUAGACGAGAACAAGGCGGAGGACAAGGGAGUGGAAAAUGCGGUGUGUGUGUUGAGGAACCUCUCCUACCAGCUCUACAGCGAGAUACCGCCAUCGGCUCUGCUUCGCCUGGAGGGGCCGAGCCGAGCUGAGGAUUCUGGGAAGGGAGAGGCCAUUGGAUGCUUCACGCCUCAGAGCAGGAAGGCCAAAAAUAGCAUGAACCAGGAUGUCUCUACCUUCACCGAGGUGGCCCGGGUGCCAAAGGGGAUGGAAUGGCUGUGGCACCCACAGAUUGUGGGGAUCUACAACCGGGUCCUGCAGCUGUGCGAGAUCAACUCCACCACCCGCGAGGCAGCGGCGGGAGCUCUGCAGAACAUCACGGCUGGAGACAAAAGGUGGGCAGCAGUGCUGAGUCGCGUGGCCAUGGACCAGGAGCGCAUGUUGCCUGUUCUGCUAGACCUGUUGCGCACAAACAAUGACCUCGAGCUGCGUUCCAUCACAGGCUUCCUCCGGAAUCUAUCCCGUCAUGCCAAGGACAAGAAUUACAUGGCCACAAAGGUGGUCAACAACCUGGUGGCCAAGCUGCCUGCCGACGGCCACCAGAAGGAGCCGUCUAGCGACGUGGUGGUCAACAUUUGUGGAAUCCUCAACAAUUUGGUGACGUGCAGCUCUGUCGCCGCGAGGGACGUGUGCUUCUUUGACGGCCUGCCCAAACUGGUCGGCAUUAAGAAUUUGCAUGACUGCAGUUCCGGAAAGAUAAGAGCAGCCAAAGCAGCUGCCACAGUGCUGAGCAACAUGUUCCAGUACAAGAAACUGCACAAAGACUACAAGCAGAAAGGGUUUACAAGACCAGACUUUGCAGACAUGACCAUCUAAAACGAAGGCAACCUCUCGUAGAAGGUUGAUCAGUCCUGCACUCCACCAGCAACCGUCGGAAGAAGUCUUCUCUCGAUGACUGACUACCUUUUUAAACCAUUCCAAGAUAACAAUCGCUCCAUUUAAAAAAAAAAAAAAUCUGAUUGAAAGUUUGUUGGCGGGACGGCGGUCGAGUGGUUAGCGCGCAGACCUCACAGCUAGGAGACCCAAGUUCAAUUCCACCCUCGGCCAUUUCUGUGUGGCGUUUGCAUGUUCUCCCCGUGCAUGCGUGGGUUUUCUCCGGGUACUCCGGUUUCCUCCCACAUUCCCAAAAACAUGCUAGGUUAAUUGGCGACUCCAAAUUGUCCAUAGGUAUGAAUGUGAGUGUGAAUGGUUGUUUGUCUAUAUGUGCCCUGUGAUUGGCUGGCGACCAGUCCGGGGUGUACCCCGCCUCUCGCCCACAGACAGCUGGGAUAGGCUCCAGUAGGAAAAGCGGUAGAAAAUGAAUGAAUGAAUGUUAUGAUAACACUCAAUAGAUGUGAGAGUGGAAAAUGGACUUGAGCAUGUGUCACUAUUGCUAACCAAAAAUGGGAGCACUGUAUUUUAGUGUUGUUAGUAUGUCAUCAGGGAUGUUUUUGUACAAGCAGAUGACAGUGUUCCUGCUGUGUAAAUAAACAUUAUCAUAGAAACGAAUGUGCUACUUACACAGUAUCUUUGUAUAUAUUGCUUUUUCUUCUACUUAAACAUAUUUUAUUUUAUACACCGUAGCUUAUAGCAAUAAUAAUGUUUUGCAAUGAGUAAAAAAAAAAAAUUCCAUGUACCGUAACUGAAUGUAAUCCAAUGAUAGAUCAUGCAGAUUUGUCUGCUUGUUUAUAGCUGUAUUGGGAUAUUGGUGUGCCUUCAAAAGAUGUUAUUCCUUUUUAAGUCAUGUGUGAAGUGUCAUAUUUCUUUUUAAUAUGACACUUUCAAUUUUGAAAAAGGCUGUAUCUGUGGAGAAAGAGAGAGAGAAUGUGUGUGUGUGUUAUUAUGAAACCAGUGGUGAAAGAAUGCAGUCUUAACUAGUUUUCAUGUUUGUUUUACUCAUCUAGGUUUUUAUUUUGUCAUAAUUGUGUUUUUUGCUAUGAUAAAUUAGAUUUAGCUCCAAUGACAUGCAUUAUUUCACAGCAAUGUGUUAAUGUUGUAUUUUUAAAAAAAGCUGUUUUUUCCCCCCCUCUGCGUAUGUGAUAUACAUGCUGCUGUAUCAUCUGAUUGAAUAAAGAAACAGAUCUAA